AUGGACAAGUCCGCGCCGCUCGUCAACAAGGUCAUUUACAUCUGUGACCUGCUCCAGAGUUUAGGAAUGACCCCCAAAGCCUUCAUCACCGGCUUCUUGGAGCUUAACAACUCGGAUCUGAAACUGCGUCGGGGCUAUUGGGGCAUUUGCAGAGGCUGGCCCUCCACCUUUGCACUGGUGGAUGCCAUCAGGGCCGAGCUCCUCAGAUCACCCGAAGGGGCAUUGCAGUGGUCAAACUACAUACAAGACCAGGCGGUUACCAUCUUGAGGCAGCAAAAUCCGAGGAGCGGGAUCCACCCAAAUGGGUCUUACAUCAGCUCAGCCGCCAUAACUCCGGCAAUCUUUGCUGAAGAUUCAAAAACUCAUCAUCGGUUAACAUUGACGGGCAAGGAGAUGCCAUUUCUCUACCAAAUCGUACUCGGGAUGCUGUGUUCGGCAACAGACGUCAACCUUGGGGAUCAGGAGGAACUAGUGCCACAGGUUGACAAGGGGGAGUUGGCACCGCUGGAAGCUCUUGAGGAAGAGUUGAUGGAGAGAGAGGGGUUCCGGUAUGCAAGGGGGGAUAAUAGUGCUACAACUCGCCGGGGUCGUUACGAAAGGCUAGAGAAUAGCAUCCGGUUUUUGGCUUGUGGGAUGUCAGAGAGGGUGAACGAAUACUUCCACCACCUCGGCUUAACCAGCUCGCGACGCACUGCUAUUGCUUGCCUCAAAACUCUGUCAAUCUAUGCUCAAGGACAAAUCACCAGGGUCAUGGAUCUAAACGUCAGUUCGGCCUUUGGACCGUUCAUCUGCAUCAAUAACUUAGACAUGGAGGAGCGUGUCCAUAUGGUGUCCGUUGGCCAUCGGUCCAUGAUGUUCCAUGGCACGUGGGGUUACAUCCACACUCCUCCAAAAUCCUUACUUGAUUCUCUCGACCUAUCCGAAAUAAACCUCGAGUCUUAUCAUAGAGCAUUACAAACCGUCCGGACAAUGUCAAUAGAUCCCAGGGACUUCUUUGCUGAUAGAGCGACUGAAGACCAUUAUGUCCAAGUGUGGAAAAGCCAACUGGCCAAAGUUAUGAUGAAGUACAUUGCAGUCCCUUCAAACAAAAAAGACGCCUACGCUUGCCACCCACCAGCUUUGGAGGUACUCACCGCCAAAUCCCCAGAUUUUCACAUGCUCAAACUCAUGCUUGAAUCCGACAACUCGGCAGAAGGGAUUGGCCAAGUCAUGGCUUCGGUUCAGCGGCAAACAGGCCUUUCACCUGAAGAGUUUGUGGGCCGCUUACAACCAAUGGAAGGGGACCUGGGCACAUGCCAGAAUUUUAACUCAAUGCGUGCACUGAGGUCACCCAAUGGCCGAGCGCAGGAAAACAUGAACAGCAUUACAUUUCAACUAGGCGCAUCACACAUCCUGUGGAACAUUGGCCAGACGAUCUUCACAACCCAUUUUGGGAACACAAAUGACGCCGAGGAUAUGGGAGCAUGGCGUACUUUAAAUGCUUUAGGGACCCCCCCCGAACAAAGUCCUCCAGAAGAAGGACUUCACCGGGAUGAUACAGCAUCUGGAGAGGGUGCAUGA